GCGGGCUCUGCUCGGGCCAGUUUGCCAGACACCAGCUCCACCGCCGACGCGAAUGGCACCUUCAUCGAAGAGUCCAUGAGCGACCGCAGCGAGGGCAGCACCGCCAUGUCCGUGACGGCAAGUUCGGAAUCCUUAUUUGGCGCCAGUAUGACGAGUGUGCGUCAUGCUGACCUCUGUACUGGUGUUGUGCCGCGUCCUGCUGGUGAGGGUCGUGCCGAUUGGCUCCAUCAUAGUGCCGGGGCUGCCGUAGAUGAUGCAACCUGUUAUGAUCACGUGCUGGCAGCGGUGGUGUCCCACGCGCGGGAGCGCCGGCCUCUCGCGCUGGUUGCUGGCGAGGUGUAUGACGCCCAGCACGUUCUAGAUUCUUUCGGGCGGCCGACCUUGAGCGAAGCUUAUUGCUGA